UCCUCUUCUGCAAAAGCUUUUUCAUAUUUUUCUUGUUCUUUUACACAAUUUUCAGCAUUUAUUACAAUUUUUGGCAAAUCAGGGCUUCGCUGUGCUCCAUUCUCACGGACAUUUCUUCUUAGGGUUUCCAUUUAAGGAAGAUUUUGAGCUUUCGAUUACCCUUUCUUUGGCCAUUAGAGCUCCCUGAUCGGUUUUAAUUCUUCCUAUGGUAUCAGGCCUUGAUUUUGUCCCAAAGUUGUUCUUGGUCCCCUCGUUGGUCCUAACAAUGAUGAUAGAAUCCACGAUGUGCCUUAUUCUUUAGGAGUAUUAUGAUUUUGUUCAACGAGUUGUCAUUUUCAAGUUUAAAGAUGAUGGCGGCUCCUAGUUCCUUGCAAUUGUCCCAUGAUUUGUGCAUUUGUAAGGGCCUUGUACAUGUUAACCAUAUUAAGAAACAUGCAGUGGGAAGAUGCCGAGUUCAUUUAUUGAGUUCUUCUCCUUCAUCACGUGCUUCGAGACAAGAUGCUUGGAGCCUCAAGAUAUCAGACCAAAUACAUAGGCCAGUACAUGCAUUUCGUUCAAGUUACAGGGUGGUCAUGUGCCGAUCGUUGUCAAUACCGAGUCUAGCAUUGGAGUUGCCUAUCCAGGUGAUAAAGACUACUAGCUCAACGUUGGCCAGGUCAUAUAAUGCUUUGCAAGGAAGCCCACUUGUUUUCCAAUUUGCCCCGGCAGUUGGGAUUAUGGCGUUUGCUUUAUGGGGUCUCGGCCCACUUAUGCGUUACAUCCGGUACCUUAUUAAAAAUCAUAACGACAGUAAUUGGAAAAAAAGCAGCACCCAUUAUGUUCUGACUUCAUAUUUACAACCUUUGCUGUUAUGGACAGGAGCAACGCUUAUCUGCAGGGUGCUUGAUCCGGUAAUGUUGCCCACAGAAGCAAGCCAAGCUGUGAAGCAACGUCUUGUGAAUUUUGUACGGUCAUUAUCAACUGUGCUAGCAUUUGCCUAUUGUGUAUCAAGCCUAAUCCAACAAGCACAAAAUUUCUUCAUGGAUCACAGCGACUCCAAGGAUGCAAGAAAUAUGGGGUUUCAAUUUGCCGGAAGAGCAAUGUACACAGCUGUAUGGGUUGCAGCAGUUUCCUUAUUCAUGGAAUUAUUAGGUUUCUCGACGCAGAAAUGGAUAACUGCUGGGGGUCUUGGAACAGUGUUGCUGACUCUUGCUGGUCGUGAGAUAUUCACAAAUUUUCUUUCGAGCAUCAUGAUUCAUGCAACCCGGCCAUUUGUUGUUAAUGAAUGGAUUCAAACAAAGAUUGAAGGCUAUGAAGUUUCUGGUACUGUUGAGCACGUUGGUUGGUGGUCACCAACUAUUAUAAGAGGCGAUGACCGUGAGGCACUUCACAUCCCAAAUCACAAGUUUACUGUUAAUGUUGUUCGGAAUCUAAGUCAGAAGACGCACUGGCGUAUCAAGACCCACCUUGCCAUUAGUCACUUGGAUGUUAAUAAAAUCAGUAACAUAGUGGCUGAUAUGCGCAAAGUCUUGGCAAAAAGUCCACAGGUGGAACAACAAAGGUUGCAUAGAAGAAUAUUUCUUGACAACAUCGAUCCAGAAAAUCAAGCUCUCUUGAUCAUGGUGUCUUGCUUUGUGAAGACCUCCCAUUUUGAGGAGUACCUGUGCGUCAAGGAAGCCAUCCUCUUGGACCUGCUAAGGGUAAUCAGCCACCACCGGGCACGCCUUGCAACCCCCAUCCGCACCGUCCAGAAGUACUAUGGAGAUGCUGAUCUCGAAAAUGUCCCCUUCUCCGAGUCUGUGUUCAACCGAGGUGGGGUGCAUAGCCGACCUUUCCUACUCCUCGAGCCCUCCAAACCCAAGUCAUCAUCAUCAGCAGGCUCCACUGAUCCCAACAAAGUGUCAUCAUCAGCUGCCCCUAUUGAUGCCAGCAAGGCAUCGUCAGCUGGGCCCAUUGAUGCCAGCAAGGCAUCACCAUCAGUGGUACCCAUGGAUGCCAGCAAGGCAUCAUCAGUGAGUCCUACCGACUCGACCAAGACAUCAUCUGUGGGCCGAACUGAUGCCAACAAGGCCUCAACGGCAGCACCCCCUGAUACAAACAAGGCAUCCACGGUGAAAUCUGAUGCCAUCAAGGCAUCAUCUGUGAGCUCAAGUGAUGCCAACAAGGCAUCAAUAGUGGGGCCACCUGACACUAACAAGGCAUCAUCUAACAAGGCUGCAGGGGCAACAGUGGGCCCCUUGAGGCCCAAGCCCACAAAGCCUGAUGGGCUUGUAUCAAAUUCUAAAGAGAUUCCAAUGGGCGCUGACACAAAGGAUCAAAAUUCUAAGGAUACCACGAUGGGCCUUGAGUUGAAGGGGUUGAAAUCUAAGGAGAUCACAAAGAGGUUGAACUCCAAGGAGAUUAUGAUUGGCAUUGAUUUGAAGGGGUCGAAUUCUAAGGAGAUCCCAAUUGGUGCGGAUUCGAAGGGGUUGAAUUCCAAGGAGACUGCUGUUGAGAAGCAAGGGGAUGAGAUGGGUGAUGGCUCCACACCCUCAAAGCUAGAGGAUGAGCGAGCUUCAUCCCAAGCUCCAAGGCCCACUUUGGAGGAGAAUAUUGUGUUGGGCGUUGCCAUUGAUGGACCGAAACGAACACUACCUAUUGAAGAGGAGAUGGUGGCAGGCUUGGGCCUUGGUGAAGGGAAGGAGCUGGCCACUUGUCGGAAUGGUCUUGGAAAAGAUAAGGAUGUACAGAUUCCUGCAACUCGAGGGGAGGUAUCCAGUGAUCAGAGAGAGCAAGGGAGGUGACCUUGGGCUGGGGUUUGUGAGUUGAAGGGAAAGGGGUUGGUUGUAUACUUCUUUUGCUAGUCGGAAUCUGGAUAGAUGUAUAAUUGGUGUUAGUGAACAUUUGGUUCUUUUGUGCAGGCAUCUCCACCAAUUUAUCACGAUUGUUGAAAUUCAUCGGAAAUGUUGAUUAUAUUCAGGAUUAUAAUUAAUGGAUGGAAUGUUUGCCAAAUUAGUUGUUGAGGGAAUCUUGGUUGAUCUCAGGUUUUAUUUUUUGAA